UUCAUCAAGAGUAAAAACAAUAACAUCCUUUUGGUUCAAGUUUAUGUAGACGACAUUAUAUUCGGUGCUACUAACGAGUCUUUGUGCAAGGAAUUCUCAACGCUAAUGACUAGCGAAUUUGAAAUGUCAAUGAUGGGAGAGCUCACAUUCUUUUUGGGACUCCAAGUUAAGCAAAUGAAAGAUGGAACGUUCAUUUGCAAAGCUAAAUACUGCAAGGAGCUCCUGAAACGGUUUGAAAUGGACAACGACAAAGCCAUGGCGACCCCGAUGAGCACGUCUGACCAUCUUGACAAAGACGAGAAAGACAAGAACAGGGCAGGCACCUCCGGAAAAUCCAAGUCCAAAUCCCGGGCUCCAUCCACGACCUCCGAGGAACGCCUCUACUACGGCUAUGGAUCGUACCUCUGGUUCGAUUCCGAGGAGGAGCGCACCCGAUUUCUCACCUUUUUCUCCAAACGGGUUGUGGCUCCCCCACGAAUCAUCCCAGAGCGCUACCCGGAAUUGCAGGGCUACAACGACCUCGACGCGCAGCUUCAUCAAGCCGGCCUUUGGCCGUUCGUCUCCCGGGCGCGCAAGGAGAUCAACGCGGCGCUGAUCCGGGCCUUCUACUCCAACCUCCAGUGUGAGGACGACGUGCUCUACUCGCUCGUCAAGAGCACGCCGAUCGAGCUCACCGUGGAGCAGCUUGGGCGCAUCGCCGGCCUCCUCUUCCAAGGCGACGAUGUGUCUCACUAUGGUGGCGAGGAUUGGGUGCUCAACAACGAGGGCCUUAUCCUCAACGAGCUUGGCAUCACCGAGCUCAAACGCCAUGCCUCGGGACGCCCAACCAUCCACUCCGCCAACCCCGACGGCCACCUCGUUCUCUACAUCGUCACCCGAAUCAUCAAACCGAGGAAGCACGGCCACACCAUCAUGCACGGUGAAGACCUCAAGCUUAUCCAUGCGAUCAUGCAUUCGGCCCCAAUCAAUUGGGCAAAGUUUGUCAUGAUCAACAUGACGAUUGCCGCGUCCACCGAGCACGACCACCUCCUCCCGUACCCGUUUUUGGUGAUGGACAUCCUUGAACGGUUCAAGGUAACCACCACCGUUGGUC